UGUGAUAUUACCUCGAAGAACUCACUAAAAGCGCACAAACGCAAACAGUCUUGACCGUCUUCUAAGGUAAAAUUAUUGGUUUUUCAACAAGAUAUCGCUGAAGAAUUUGGUGUACAAUGGGUAAUUGCCAUAUGGCGAGCGACAGAGAGGCAGUUGUCGUCUCAGGUGAGGCUUUUUAUCCUCAGCUUGUUGUGUUUGCAUUUUGAGAAGUCAACAAAUGUUCAAUUCUAAAUUUAUUUCUUUUGGUACAAAUAAAUCUAAAGGCGUGCGGUUUGCUUAACUGAUUAAUGCCAAUUGUAACACUAGAUAACUACAAUACUAAGCUGAUACUUUUGAAAACAGGCUCAAGACUGUCAAGAGACUAGAGAAUCCUAAGAGACGGAACUGAACUGCUCGGUUUCAAGAUAUUCAAUUAAAGCGAUUCGAGUUCCGCGAUAUAGUACAUCGCUAUUUUCUUGCUUUUGUGAGAUCUUUUCGUCUCAGUUAGAACUUUUUAUCAAUUCCAACUACGUCUGAAAUUUACAUUACGAGGUCUACGAGCUGCGCUAAUACCAACCAAUACAGUGUUACAGUUUUCCAGCGUUUUGGAGAACAAAAGAUCUACCGUGACUUAGUGUUUGUCAAUUGUCAGUGAACCAUUAACAUUUAAAAAGGGGCAAUAGGGCGUCGUUUGAACUGAAAACAAAUAAAAAUAUUUUUCGACUUCGAUCAUGUAUUAAGAAUGUAUGUUAAGAACUAAGGGCACUUCCUUUAAGAUCGUUUGAGUUUACUUAGUACGUUCCUUAGAUAGAUAAUAAAGUUUCUUGAAAUAGACUUUUGCAUUCUUUACAUAUUUAGAGGUGGUAAGUAAGUACGUAGUACAAAGAGUACAUCAGCACAAUAUUGUAGCCAUCGUUCGUUCAACAUUGGCCUUAAGAUAUGCGGAGAAUCCUCAGCCUUGACAACAUUUGUUGGAUAUUGUCAUUAAGUAAUGGGUGUAUUUUUGUGUUAAGACAUUUCGACCAAUCGCAAGAGUUGCAAACAAUGGCCAAGAAAUGUUCACAAUUUUACAUGAUCCGCACAUACGAUUUCUGUGUUACUUAGACUCAGACGAGAUUUGUUAUAAGGAAGUUGGAUAGAAAAAAAGGGAUUAAUAUACGUGCUGCUUUGCGAAGAUUUCGUAAAAUUUGAUGUUUAAACAAAUCAGAACCUUAGUAGAGACAAUAGUAAAGUUAGCACCUUUUUGCAUUCCAACGUGUUCACUACGUUUUGGUCCUUUCCUUCUUAUCUGGACCAUUACUUAAAAGAAGUUGAAAACAUCUGUUGAAAUAAAUACUGAGUUUACACAAGGGAACGGGGCCUUUAUGUUCUCUUGAUUUACAAUGUUCUUGUUCCGGAUUUUAAGUGAAUAGUUCAUUAAAAAAGGUAAAAAAUCCCUCCGUUUAGAAUCACAUAUUUCAGAUUCCUAUGUAACAAGCUAUAUUAAAACAUCUUUUGACCAUAAAAAAUCUGGAUUCAGCAAAAAAGGAGUUGUUCUUGCCGAAUACUAUCUAGCCUGCGAGCAAGCUCUCGGAGAGAUACCGUGAGAAGUGACGCGGGAGCGGCACGCGAAAGGAUAUGCGAGCGCGUUCUCUCGCGGCCCGUCACUUGCCACUCGAAAUAAAGAGGAACUUGCCCACAGCGAUGAUACUUUCGCAAAAGACCCUCUGGUAAGCUGUGGCCUUGCAAAAUGCUCCCUAGGGAACUGCGGAGAGAUCCCUUAUUUCAUUUCCCUUCUCCCGUACCCCCUAAUUUACGUGCUUUCUGGACUUUUCUUCGCCCCCCUCCCCCCGCCAAGGUUGGUUUAGCCUGUUCAGAGGAUGCCGUGUGCAACUUGGACCCGUGGGUCCUCUGACUUCAUGUCUGACGCCUCCAGUAAUAAUUUUCUGUGCUAUAAACCUCUCCAUUUCCUUUAUUUCAAAUUCUUUUUUUUUUUUUCAUCACAGGAGGAUGUUGUAUUCCUAGGACUCAAAAAUACAAAGCUGUUGCUGGAAAGUGGAAAUGUUUAUGGGCCUGGGCAGGUCUAAGCAAAGUCGAAAGGUAUUGUAUACGCGUCCUAUAAUACUCUCAUAAUAAGCAGAAAACUAGAAUUCAAACAGUUACACUUUUUUUUUUCAAUAAAAUGAAUAUUACACAUUUAAAUUAUAACUUGCUGUAAGGUAUACCUCUCACAGAGCAGUCAAGUGUAUAGCAUGGGAAUCGUUUUCAAAAUUCAAAUUCAAUUUAAUUUUCCAUUCAUAUCAGUUAUUAUACAUAUGCCCUGCUAAAGUUUAAGUAUGUAUUAUUUCCUCUUUCACUUACAACAUUAUUUCCUCAGGUUAACUUUGGACGUAUUAACAUUUAAACACGUUUUCAAAAAUGUGAGGACAGCGCAAAGAAGACGUGUUUCUGUAUCGAUAAUUGUCGAUGUACAAAUCAUGCAGGAUCUGCAACACUUCGCACGAGCAAGCGAUUAUUUCCUGGGAAAAACAAAGGACGAAAUAGGAUCUGUUGUUCUAAACGUGCUGGAGACGCAUCUACAGGACAUUUACGGAGAGUUGGCGGUAAAAUGCAUUAAUGAAGGUACGAAUAGAACAUAAUGUAUGGCUGGUUAUUAAGUCAAAAUAAUCCUUCCAUUCUCAAAAGUCCCCCAACAGAACAGUGACUACAUUGCAUUCGUAGAAAAUAGGGCCAUUUGAAAGAACGAGGGAAAACCUUGAGUGGCACUCACACCAAAAGAUUUUGCCCAAGGGAUACAAACUAGAACUACGUCACUGAAGAAUUUAAAAAAGUAGGAAUUGAAGUUAACUUGAAGCAUCGGACUUUUCCUGACUUGCAUCCAGCGGCAGCUUUUUCUUAUGGUCUUCCAUCCUCGUUUCUUUUACUUACAUCACUGAUCUAGCCUCAUUAGAUAGAGUUUAUUCGUGUUAAAGCCACGACUGCAAUCAUUUUUGCUACAGUAGCGAGAGCUUCACAUUCACAAAUAAAUUGCAUUUUUAUUUUUAUUUUUAUUUUUUUUCAGAUGCCAAUCACUUUGCGCCACGAGUACAAAAAGCAGCGUCACCCGACAUGUGGGAUCUCGGAGUGUUGAUUCAUAACUUCUUCAUUAUAGAUGUUACUCGGGAGGAGAUGAUAUGAAAAUAGCAGUGAAUUAUUUGAUGACAGAUGUAUUGGGAAGAAGAAACUUAUUUACGUUCAGUCAGUUUUCACUAAUUUAAGCCUCGUUCACACUAAUGCUUUUUCGUCCGAAAACGCAUACAUUUCGGUGCGUUUAGGCCUUCUGUCCACACCAGUACGCUGAGUGUUUUCAAUGAAAACGCAUCGAUUUGAAAACACUCUUGAAAGUGGAUCAAAAUGAAAACGCAUACAUAUCUUAUUAGUGUGGAUGGUCGAAAACGGUCGAAGACGCUCAUCAAAAUGAAAACGAUGACCGAAAAUAUCGCUGGCGCGUGUGUUUGAAGCGUGCGUAUAGUCUAGAGUUCAACUUGCGUCACGACGUGUAAUUCUAUUGUUUUCGAACGUUCUAGCGUGGACAGUCGAAAACGCAUCAAAUCGGUAGUGUGGACCCGAAUUGAUCAUGCGUUUACCAAAACAACGAAAACGCAUACUUUGAGAACAGAUUAGUGUGGACACGGACAUGCUGUAAGAUAGGAAAGUAGAGAGGUCAAACUACACAACAUUACAUUUCCAGCGAUAAGUAAAAUAGUUACAAAGCCAGGAAUCAAACCUGGCCAUGUCUAAGCAUUUCUACGCAUGAAUGAGCCUUUGAUGCAUGUGAUCAACGGUGCAAGAAGUGAGAAAAAAGUCCGGAUAUAAAAAAGGGUGAGAAAAAGUCGAGAAGGAAAAAUCGAGCAGAAAAUUUGCGAGGCUCCGUAUUAAUGGGACUACAUAACACACCUUCUUGAAUAUCGUUACACCAUUUUUCAUCGCUGAAAAAAAACGGUUUUCUUGUAGAGGAAGACUAGGUUAAAAGGACGGUAGUCUCAGUUUAAACAGCAGCUCACGUAUAAUUAUUCGGACGUCAUCGUGCAUUAAGGACAUCAAGUACAAUGCAAACCGCCCAACGUACUACAAACCAGGUCUUUCAAAAAGAUCAUACAAUUAACCUUUAUCCUGGAUUUUUUACCAUAAUAAUUAGCUCACUCUUGGUAAACGUCGAAUCCAUUAUUGUGUUUUCCUUUAUGUUGGCCUUAAAAUACAGUACUUAAUAAUCCUCCCUUCGAUGUAUAUAUGGCAACCAAAACGCUGACGUGCGUUUGACAAAUAUUUAUUUUUGGCAAUAUGAUAGAAC